CGGAGCGGAGCCGACAGUCGCUCGGGGUCCGCUCGCCACCCGCACCGUCCUCGGGCAGCACCGCGGCACCCGGGGCGCAGCGGGACGGACGGACGGACGGGCGGGCGGGCAUGGAGCGGGAGCGGGAGGAGGAGGAGGCGGGGAGACGCGAGAAGACGCAAUGGUUCUUUGAGCGGCGAUCUCCCAACAAGUUCCUACUGCGCGGGGGCUGUGGGGCAGGCAUGGCCUCUUCCCCAACAAAGGAGUCUCCGCAGCUGCCCGAAAGGCAAGAAUUCAGGGCCGAGGCGGUGGACGGUGACAUGAAGAACUCCCCCCCGGAGUCACAGCCACAGUACAGCAGCAUGCUGCCCAGUCUGGGUGAACACGGCACUGUCUGCAUCCCUACGCCGUACAUGGAGAACAGGCACGAAUUUCCCACACUGGCGUUCUACAGCCCAUCCAUCCUGGGUUACAGUGUGCCCAGCGAGGCUAGUGGGACUGACAGCACCUUCGUGAGGCAAAGUUUGAGUCCCUCAGUAUAUUGGUCCUCCUCUGGACACAUGUCUCCCCUCACCCUCCACUGCCAGCAGCCCAUCAUGUACACGGAUCCUCCUCAGAGUCCCUGGUGUGAUCCAAGACCAGGGGAACAACAACUGCCCAACAGGGAAGGUUUGAAGAAGAAGCUGUCAUCGCCGGGCUCGGCCAACGGCGUGUGCAAUAGGCGCGAUGCACACUUCUGCGCCGUCUGCAACGACUUUGCCUCUGGAUAUCACUAUGGAGUCUGGUCCUGUGAGGGGUGCAAGGCUUUCUUCAAACGGAGCAUCCAAGGACACAACGCCUACAUCUGCCCGGCCACAAACCAGUGCACCAUAGACAAGAACCGGCGGAAAAGCUGCCAAGCCUGCAGGCUGCGCAAGUGUUAUGAAGUCGGGAUGAUGAAGUCAGACACUCGGAGAGACCGCUGCAGCUACCGACUGACGCGGCAGGGCCGACUGACCGGAGUGCAGCAACAGGCGGGCAGCAAGAUGCGGAGGGCAGUGGAGGACAUCCCGGUCAACAGCAGCUGCCUGGGCCAGCUGGCUCCCGAGAAACUGCUGAGCUCCCUGCUGGAGGCCGAACCACCCAACAUCUACUCGCUGAAUCACCCCAACAAACCCUUCACCGAGGCCUCCAUGAUGAUGUCACUGACCAAUCUGGCAGACCGCGAGCUCGUUCACAUGAUAGCCUGGGCCAAGAAAGUCCCAGGCUUUGUCGAGCUGGAUCUCCAUGACCAGGUGCAGCUGUUGGAGUGCUGCUGGCUGGAGGUUCUCAUGGUGGGGCUGAUGUGGCGAUCCAUCAACUACCCCGGAAAGCUGCUGUUCGCUCCUGACCUCAUCCUGGACAGGGACGAGGGGCAGUGUGUGGAAGGAAUCCUGGAGAUCUUCGACAUGUUACUGGCAGCAACCUCGAGGUUCCGUGAGCUGAAGCUUCAACACGACGAGUAUCUCUGCCUGAAGGCCAUGGUUUUGCUCAAUUCCAGCAUGUUUCCGCGCUCCGGUGUCUCGGAGGAGCAGGAGAACCGGGAGAAGCUGCACAAGAUCCUGGACACAAUCACGGACACACUGAUCUGGUGCAUGUCCCGCAGUGGGGUCCCGCCUCAGCAACAGGCCACACGGCUGGCCCACCUCCUCAUGCUGCUCUCACACAUCCGGCAUGCCAGUAACAAAGGCAUGGAGCACCUGUACACCAUGAAAUGUAAGAACGUGGUCCCCUUCUACGACCUGUUGCUGGAGAUGUUGGACGCCCACGUCAUCUACAGCUACCGGAAGCCUCCCGAGGAGCACGACUGCGGACACUCGAAGGGUGACAACCUCUGAUCUCUGGCCCUGCGACUCCCUCCCCCUCCCCCCACGCCCCGACCCCCAACUGGAAAAACCUCGGCCCCACCUCUGACGCGUUCCCUCGGCAGGAGGGAACGGAGGCACCAGCAGGGGGGCAGUGAGGUGGGACGGAUGGAGGCGGCUGGGGGGGUGGUUUGUGAGGGAGCUGGGCGGUGAGCACAGCCGCAACACCCCAAUACCCUCUCCCCCAACCUCCUCCAGCCCAACCCCACAGGCCCCUCUUCCCAAAGUUGCCCAAUGGCUGGUUUUCCUUCCAACUGCCCCCCAACCCCCCAGGUUUCUAAACCCCCCUCCCCAGUGGCCAGGACUGGGGCAAGUAGCAGUGACUCAGAUAUCCCGUCAGCUCCAUAACCCAAUCAACUGGCCCGGUGCCCAACAGGGCAAUGGUGGGAUGCUCCUGCCCCUGUCUGCUGUGGUGCAAGGGGCAAGGACCAGGGACAAGGGUGAGGGGUAAGGGGCAAGAAGCAAGGGGCGAGGCCAAGGGACGACGAGGGGUAAGGAGAGAGGGGCAAGGACGGGUGAGGGGCAAGGACGAGGGGUGAGGGUCCUCAAGCAGCCACAAGUUCCUCAUUGCCCACCCUGCGAUAGACGCCACCCCCAGGGGCGGCUCAGGGAACGCUCUUGAACAGCAUGAAGGGGACGGGCAGAAAGGCCUGUGGCUGUGCUGUAUGCCACCAGGGAGGUGCAGGCUGAUCCUGCGCUCCCUGACCCCUACCCCCCACCCUCCACCCUCCGUUACUGGGAAGGACACCAUGUGGCUCUGUGCGAUCCCAGGGGGGGGCUCCCACCCGGUUGUUCUCGGGGUGGGGGGGGCCAUCCAGUAGUGUGACCCCCACCCUGCUUGUAGCCCCGUGUUCCAGCCUCGGCAGAGGGCAGGGGGAUGGACCUCCCGAGGGUGCAGAGUGAGCUGCUGAGCCACCCCCCGGGGGCCCUCAGCCCCCACCCCCCACCCCCUCCCCCUCUCUCAACCCCAUCCCACCCCACCCCACCCAUAUCCCCCAUCCCCUCCCUCACCCCACCCCCUACCUCCCCCCAUCCCCUUCCCCCUCCCCCCCCCAUCACCCUCCCCCCACCCCCCCAUCAAUGUCCACAAUCCUCUCACACAAAACGUUCCUCUGGCCUUGCUUUUACGUAUUAUAUUUUUGAUAGUUUCUUGUCACGACAUAAAAGGAGGCCAUUCGACCCCUCAAGCCUAUGCCGGCUGGCAGAACCUUCCUGUCAAUUCCUUUCCCCCACUCACUUCACUGUGACCCACAUCCCCAUCAACCCCCACCCCCAGAUUCUGCCCUCACCCACACCUCAGGGGGGCGAUUUACAGCGGCCGAUUAACCCACCGACGCCACACGUCGUUGGGACGUGGGAGGGAACCGGAGCCCCCGGGGGGGGGGGGGGAUCCCACAGGGAGAGCGUGCGAACUCCACACAGACAGCGCCGGAGGUCGGGAUCGAACCCGGGUCUCUGGGGCCGUGAGGCAGCGGCUCACCCACUGCACCGCUGCCCAAGUAGCUGCAGAGGGGAGCUGGAUAUGUCCCUGAGGAGUGUGUAGGGCUGGGGGGGUGGGUGGGGGGGGGAGAGGGUGGGGGAGGGGGGCUCGCUCGGGCACAGAGCUAGUAUGGACUCUGUGGACCGAAUGGCUGCAUUCUGUGACUGUGACGGCAGGCGAGUGGGUCUGGGGGGUCAGUCAGCCAAGGCUCAGUGGGUGAAGGAGCAGGGUCCAGGAGCCGAGGGGCCUGACCCGUUCCCGAGAUCCGGAGAAGUGCCUGAGGUCAACCAGAACUGAACCCAGGCCUCUCCCGCCUCUCCCUGCGGACUCAGGCCAGCUCCCGCACUCGGAGCUCGCCGUAGUUCGGGGACGUCGGCAAACGUUACUGCGCAGGUUCUGCCCGACAGUGGUGGCCACUCAGAACUCUACCACCCUACCAUAGGUCAGGGGUCACGGAGGGUGUGGGUCAGUGUCAGGAUGUGGGUCAGGGCGCAGGGUCAGGGGUCACGGUCAGUGUCAGGGUGUGGGUCACAGCUCUCCAGUAUGCUCACACCCACAAACACCCACUCGCACACUGACUGCCUCAGAGG